AGAUUGAAACGUGAUGCAUUUAGUGAGUAGCGAUUACAGAAUCUCUAAAAGAGUGGGGGGGGGGGGCGGUGGGGAGACGGCGGGGAGGAGGGUUGGAAUUGGCCUCCAGCGCAUCCGAGGUUGUUGCUGCCAGAGAAAUCAAGCAAAAAAGGGCAGCAUUCUUUCACCGUUUCCCCCUCUGAGGCGGAGGGGAACUUCAUUUCCCAGCAGCCCUCAGGCUUCCUCCUCGCACGGCGCAAGCGUCCCGGCAUUCUGAUUUUCGGCGCUCUGCUUUGCGGCUCAUCGUUUACGUCGGUUUGAACCAAAGACUCCCAAGGUUGAGGCCGAGUUCCAGAACAUGGGGUCUCAGGUGUCCAAGCCUUUGGAGUUCUCCAAGAUCGCUGCGCCUCCCGAUACCGCCGCCGCGCCCGCCAAGCCUGCGCCCCCAGCUACACCCGGAGCGCCGACCUCCCCAGCAGAACACAACUGGUUGAAGACUUGCUGGAGCUGUCGCGUGCUUUCUGGGUUGGGGCUGAUGGGGGCAGGCGGGCAUUGCCACCUGGGGUAUCGUUGUCAUGACACACCCCAAAGGGAGGGCCUACCACCAGUGAAUCUGUCUUCUGGCCCUGUCCCCAUGACACACAGAGCAGGCAUGGAGUUUAAUGGAUGUUCUGGACAGACACUUGUCCAUGGACAGACAUCACUACUGUGGAUACUACAAGACUGAAAAGACAAUCAUAUGUUGUCAUUCUCUGGCUAUAGAGUGUUAGUGACCUUCACAGGUUUCACAGGAACCAAUAAAUCCUCAAAGAAGUAAACAGGUUCUUUGUCUUAUCUGGGGAAGGAAAGUAUAAUUUAUAUUUAAAUAUAAUUGUUUAAGCAUUAUAUAUAUAAUAGUAUGUCUUAUAUAAUACUAUGUCUUAUAUAAUUGCAUAUCAUAUAUAAUAAAGAUAAAUAUGUUUAGUUAUAUAGUUAAUAUAAUUUGUAAAACUUUUGAAUAGAGCAAAUGAUAAACCCAUGGGAAAAUUAGCUAUUUUACUUCACUAUUUUAAAGAGUUCUUUUUCUCUCUUUCAUAAUUGGAUCAACAACUGUUAUCACCCUAACCAUGGGUAGGCAUCAUGCAAGAUAUAGAAGUACGUGAAACUUUCUGUGUAUGAACUGCUCAUACUUUGCAAGGCAUUUUCAAAUCCAUCACCUUAUGAGAGCUUCACAGCCAGUCUGAGGUAGUUACUUCAUUGGAGGUAAAUCUUAAAACACAAGACAGAGCCCACAUGAUUUGCCUAGGGUCAUUCAGUAAGUUGGUGAUGGAGCUAGAACUUGGUCUUGUCAGUUUUUUGUUCUAGUCUUCCCUUUCAUGGAGGCAAGAAUAACCAUUAUGAAACACAUAAUCAUAAAAAUCAGCAUAUAAUAAAAGACUUAAAUGUCACAAGAAGAAUUCAAAACCUUUAGCUAAAAAAAAAAAAAAAAAAAAGGUGUUUUGAUUCCUUUUCCACAAGCACUAGAUAUGUUUCUGCAAUGAUUUUGAGAUAAGUACUCAAAAUUACAUAGUUCAUUUCUAAGAAAAGACCAUGUUUCCUACCUAUUGGGUUUUUCUACCCUGAGAUACUAUGACUUCUUUGUAAAGGUAUAUGAAGUGUUUUUCAAAGCGGAAAGAUGCUGUUAAAUUCAGCUGCUAAUCAUAGUCUAUGUGUUUGGAAUGACAUGUUGAGCAAGUAGUACCUUUAAGGCUGUUGCUUUUUGCAGUAUUACAUGGAAGUGCCUAAGUCUGUUUAGCCUCACAAAUGACUUUAGAAUCUUGUGUUUUCUACAUCAGAGCUCAUGGUGGGGAUGGUGCUAUAUAUAUAUAUCUAUGCAAUUGAGAAGGAAAACAUUUCAAACCUAAAGUAGGCAACGAGAUAUUAUUUAUAUGAAAUCCACAAUUCAGUUAUGCAGUGUUCAUGAAUAUAGAAGUUUUAAGUUGGAAAGGACCAUAGAUGAAUGACCCAAAGCAGAUCACGUAUGGUCAUUCAUAUACCUAAAAUACUUACAAAGACAAGUUGUUCCCUGGUUUAAAAGGCAGUCUGUUCUAUUGAUGGACUGCUUUAGUCUGAACAUUUUCUUAGGUUAAGCCAAAAACACGUAAACCUAACUUGGUCUUGGCUUGAUCUACUGGGUAAACAGUAACUCUUAAACAUAUAUACAGUUGACCCUUGAACAACACAGGAGUUAAGAGCGCUGAACAUUUGCUUAGUGGAAAAUCUGCAUAUAACUUGACUCCCCAAAAACUUAAUUAGUAGUUUGUCUACCAUUGACUGGAAGCCUUACCGAUACCAUAAAGCAGUUGAUUAACACAUAUUUUUUGUGCUGUAUGUAUUAUAUACUCUAUUCUUAUAAGAAGGUAAGCUAGAGAAAAGAAAACGUUAUUAAGGAAGUAAUAUAUUCAGUAUUCAUUAAGUAGAAGUGAAUCAUCCUAAAGGUCUUCAUCCUCAUCUUCACGCUGAGUUGUCUGAGGAGGAGGAGCUGUUCUUUCUGUCUCAGUGGUAGAGGUGGAAGAAAAUCCACAGAUAAGUGGACCUGCACAGUUCAAACCUGUGUUAUUUGGGAAAUAGCAUUUUAAUCUUUUUUUCAGACUUUUACAAGUAUGAAUCUGAGCUUUUUCUGAAUAAACCUGCCUGCUCACCAU